AUGUGCGGGGGAGCGAUCCUUGCCGGACUCGUCCCCGCGCGGGUGCACCGGCCGCUGACGACCGCCACGCUCUGGGCGGCGGUCCUGAGCUGGACCACCACCGGCGGCAAGCGGAAGGCCGAUGCUGCUGCCGUGACCGACGACGACGACUUCGAGGAGUUCGAGGCCGAGUUCCAGCUUUUCGACGACGCCGAGUUCCAGCUUCUGGACGACCAGGAGCCGUCUCCCGCAGCCGCAGCUUCGCUUGAGGCCGGCGGCUGCAACUGCAAGCGGAAGGCUGCCGUUGCUCCUCCUGCUGGUGCCUCCGCUUCCACGGGUCCGACGACCCCACGCUACAAGAAGUACAGGGGCGUCCGGUGCCGCAGGUCAGGCAGGUGGGCCGCGGAGAUCAGGGACCCGCGGCAGGGGCGUCGCGCCUGGCUCGGCACGUACCGCACCGCCGAGGAGGCCGCCCUGGCGUACGACCGAGAGGCCCGCCGGAUCCGCGGGAAGAGCGCGCGGCUCAACUUCCCGCUCAUCCCGCAAGAGGGUCCCAGCCGCCACGCGCGCACGCCGGUGCCCAUCGAUCUCAACUUGCCGCCCGCCUCCGACGAUCUCGACGCCCCGGCUCCGGCUGUUGACGACGACGGCACGACGGGUGCUGACGGAGAUGCAGGUACUGAGAGCACGCUAGCGCGGGUCAGGGAACUGAUCGCGCGGGGACGACCUCACGACGAGCGGCUGGCGAGGAUCGUGCCCGAGCUGAUGAUGAUGCACGGGAGCAGGGGCGAGGCUACAGCGGCCGGGGCGUCACGGUGUGCGGCGUUGAUCGCCGAAUUCAGCCGUCAGAUGGAGGAGAUUGCCGCCUUGCGGAGGGACCUUGAGACACGCGAGAGGCAGCUUGUUGAGCUGGUUUAUCACUCACUCCGAUGA